CUUUUUUUCUGUGCAUGAACAGUUUUCUUCUUUAGAGCAAAAUAAAUCCCGUAAACUAGACUUUUGAUGUGUGUAGAAUGUUCAUCUUGUCAAUUAAAAUAUCUGAUAUGUUAUACGUAUAACCUACAAGCAGUAUGACGUGUGAUAUGACGUUUUGAGUUCAGCUGCUGUAAACACUCGGGCAAAAAACCCUGCAAGCGUGUACAAAAGAUAAACAUAUGCUGCUUUUCCACCAAAUAUAUGAGCACAAACGGCCCAAAAUAAAACCAAACUCGUGUUAUUUCAUCCAUCCCUCGCUGAGUGUCUCUUUAAGGAAGGGUAGCUCGCAGGAAGCGCGCUGGCUGCAAAGCGUCCUUCUGGUUUCCAAGGAAACGUAGGAAAGGACUGAACGCAGACAGGACGGGAUAGUGCGAGACAUAACAUAGCUUCUUUUACAGAUAUUUUAACACUUUGACAAACUUAUAAGAAAACAGAAUCAGAAACUGGAUGCUAUAAAUUCAUCCCUACUUAUUCAGUUAAACGGGUGGAUGUGUGGACCUGUCUCUUGCAGCUGGGAGUCAGAUGGAGAAACACACACAAACACUGCCACCCCAUUCUCCUCUACAUUCCCCCCGAAGUGAUUCAGAAGCUCUGUCUCGAUCCCCCUCUCUUCCACAGCCUGCUGCUGUUCAGCUCGCGUCCUUCCCUUCCUCCCGAACCACCCCAGCCUCCGAUCUGUACUCAGCCCCUCGGGCAUCUGGAGGGUCACACUGCCUCAGUCCCUCUACAGUAUCUGACCAGGAUGACCUGACCUGCCUCAGCUGGCUGCAUCAAAGAGGGAACCUGUUGCCCCUGCAGCCACUGCCCAAAAUCACCACACUGCCCCAGACAUUAGACCCGAUUCCUGUCCAACAGCUGCUUUCCUCCACUGACAAACCCCCGUACUCUUUUAGCAGCCUCAUCUUCAUGGCAAUAGAAGAUUCGCCCGAGAAGGAGGCUCCGGUGAAAGAUAUUUAUCAGUGGAUUGUCGACAACUUCCCCUAUUAUAGAGAGGCUCCCGGUGGAUGGAGGAAUUCGGUCCGACACAACUUGUCCUUAAGCAAGAGCUUCCAACGAAUACAUCGAGUCAAGUCGCAGUCUGUUGGAAAGGGCUCAUUAUGGCGUGUUUGUCCAGAAUAUCGGCCAGCUCUUCUAGAAGUUCUUAGAAAAACACAUUAUUGUCAUCAUACCAACAGCAGUUUGCUGAACAAGCGCGUUUUGCUGGAGGCGGCUGAUAAUGGGCAGAACACCUUGGGUGAGACCAUGGAAAUUUCAGAUCUAGAUUCUCUGUCUUCAAACCCACCGUGCUCUUUGACACCAGAUCACGAGGAGCUGGUCCCCAUGGAGCCUGUGGAGCUGACAGAGGUUGCCGGCGAGGAUUCAGAGAAAGAUCCGUUGGCAGACAGUGGUUACAUUGAGUUACACUAUUAUCAGUAUCAGCAGUAUCAGUACCUGGUUCUUCCAGGAGACACUGAGGUGGACCUGGAGUCGGUUGAGAUACUGCAGCUUGAUGCAGAGGCACAGGAGGCUGCAGGGUCACUGCUUGACCUCGCGGGAGGCAACCACUGAGAGCUUACCUGUGUGUUGUGUACAAGGAGGGUUAAUGGGGCGAUAGGGCCACUGUGAGAACUCUAGGCUUGAUGUACUAUUGGCACUUUGUAACUGCCUGAACUUUACUUACUGUCAUGAAAGGUGCAACUUAAGCAAUUCCAAAUAAUCUAGUGAUUUGAAUAGACGUGUAGGGACUGACAACAGCACUGUGAUGGUAUCCUUGGUAUUACUGUAUAAUAAUAAAGCAUCUGCAAAAUGCUUUCAUAAAGAACAAAAUAUUUAUUGUUUAUUGACAUGGUUGAAAGGUAAUAUUUAAUGCACUUCCAUGCCAUUUUUAAGUCCCUUCCAUUAAGAUAAUUCUAAAGAUUUGUUGUGUUUCACAUUUAAAUUAGAGGGAUAAAGUUCUGAUGUGAUUUUUUUUUUUUACAGUAUGAAAUAGUUCAAAAUUAUGAACAUGUUCAAGUAUUAUUGAGAUAAACUGCCAGCUGUUAGGUUGCGUGCGUAGAUGUAAAUAUUAAUAUCUAAUCCUUAUUUCUUGUUGAUUAUUGUCAUGCUACAGCAUUCUGUAGCUAUUAGUUUUCCAUGUAGUAAGAUGCAUGUCAUAUUUUGCUUUAUUGAUGUGUUUAUUUUAUUUUUUUUUAGUUUAGUAUGUUUUAACAGGUUGACACUAAAUAACAUUCUGACACCAUCCUCUUCAUGUGUAACUCAUGUAGCAAUAAAGUACUGAAAUGUUA